AUGACAAGACUACCUCUGUUACGGUCGCUCCAAAUUAGAGCGCGGGACUCGCUGGACGAGACCUUCAAGGCUCUAGACCCAGAGGUGGUGAGACAGAGACAGAAGAUGCUCGAGGCACAUUUACGAGCUGAGCUCAAGGAACUCGCGAAAUUGGAGGCAUACUACACUUCGACUGAAAAACAGAUGCUGCGGGACCGAGAAGGUUUGGUAGAGCUCAAAGAAACGGCCACAAGGACUCAGCGGCACUACAAAGAAGUGAUCUCCGAGAACAGGGAAAAGUACAAGCUACAACAGGCAGAGGGACUGGAACAUAAAAAUAUUCUGUUAGUUAAGGAGUUGAUUGACGUCGACAAGAGCUACGAAACCAGCGGCGCUGUCUUCCAUCCCGACACCGAUCCAGAGGUCAGUGCUCUUCUCCAGCAAAUCCAAGGCGGGUUUGCAGCGGUCAAGUUGCCGUUUUCGAAAAUGCACGAGUAUCUCGAGCAUCUCAGUAUUUUAGAGCAGCAGAUCCAUGCCAAUGGGCAUGUUUGA